AUUAAUCGAUGAUUGACUUCUGGAUCCCUACACCAAAGAAUAAGAACAAGGAGAAUAAAUUAAAUUUUUUUAACAAUAAAUAUAUUGCUUGAAGUGUGAAAAAAUUAUAAAUAAAAUUAUCUUACGUUUGCAAAAGGGAUCGUAUAAAAUAUGACGAUAAUAUCGAUGUAAUUGUGAUAAACCACGUUUUAAUGAAACACCAUAGUUCUAUAUCCACCCCCCCACAAAGAACAUUUUAAUUACAAUAACAACAAUAAAGCUAGUCGGAUCUUUGUAGUAAGUGAGUGAGUGAGUGUGGUGGUGGCGUUUCUGGAGUCACCAAGUUGCAAGAAACGAAUACUAAGAUCCUCAUUGACAACGGCAGUUUGUUGUUAUUUUCUUUUUUCUGUGCCAUUGAUUAUGACGACAAAAAGCAGUAAUAAUAAUGUCAACGUAGAAAUCAAUAAAUCCACCAGAACCAGAGGAACAGCUGCCGCCAACGAAGAGGAUUUGUAUAACAAAGAAAAAAUUGAACUUAUUGUACCGACAACGGGCAAGUUGUAUUUCGAACAUAAAUCGGAGUUGGUGUUUUGUAAACCCCAUUUGAUGCCUCUGAAAUCUCAAGCGCUGGAACGCUUGGAGGAAAUGCAACGUGAAACAGCACGUCAAUUGCAGGAGAAACGUUUGAAAGGCUCCCAUAAGAAGAACUAAAAGCGG